UUUGGAGCUUCACAUUAACUGGGAACAAUGCUGUCUCUAAUACUCACCUGUAUCGUUCUUAUUGGUGUUGGAUUGGAAACAGAGGCAGUCUAUACUACAGAAUGUGGCCUCCUUCCUGCCGACUUCAUUUUCCUGCUUGAUUCCUCUGGAAGUGAAACAAGCGUUAACUUUCUGAAGCAAGUAGGCUUCCUCCGGAACUUCACUUCCCGGUUCACCAUCGGUCCGAACAAUACCCAGUUUGCAUCUGUCACCUUCUCCACUGGAGUACGGGAUGACUUCGACCUCAACGAAAAUCAGGGUCAGCAGGAGUUACAAAAUGCUAUUAACAAGAUCAGCUACAUGAAUGGUGAAACUGAAACUCACCUCGCCCUCAACUUCGCACAACAACACAGUAUUUCUGCUCAAUUCGGAGGAAGACCAGGUGUUCAGAAGUAUGUGGUUGUAAUGACGGACGGAAAGUCGAACGAGCCAAGUUUGACGGUUAACUACGCCAACGCCCUCAAACACCAGCCAAACGUGACGAUCAUAGCCCUGGGGAUAGGUAGUGCUGUGGAUAAUGCCGAACUACAGGCCAUAGCAUCGGACGGCAAACACGUGUUCACCGUUAGUAACUUUGACCUGCUGCACGUUCUUGAGAAGGAACUCACAGAUACUACAUGCACAGUGUGUGGGGAUGAGCCAACUGACCUGGUGUUUUUGUUGGAUUCCUCUGGCAGUGAGGGUGGUCGCAAUUUCCAGCAGCAGGUCCAGUUCGUGUCUCUCGUGGUCAACGAGUUCGACAUCAAUCCGACAGGCACACAAGUUGGUCUGGCUACAUUUGCAACCAUUGGAAGGCUCCAAAUCAGACUGCAACAGUACCCAGAUAAAACUUCUCUCCUGAAUGCAAUUCAACACGUCCCUUACACUGAUGGCGAGACCAGAACUGAUCUUGGCCUACAUAUAGUCGAGCACAGCAUUUUUAAAGGUCAUUCACACCACGCCGGUGCUAGAAAUGGAGCAAAGAGGUUUGUUGUUGUUUUAACAGAUGGCAGAUCUAAUGAGGAAGAUCUUACUGUGAGUGCAGCCGCAUCACUCAAGCAUCAUGUUGACGAAGUGUUCGUCAUUGGGAUCGGAAACAGUGUUGACCAAACCGAACUUAAAGCCAUAGCAACCGAUGAUGGACAGCAUGUCUUUAAUGUGAAACACUUUCAUGAUCUUGACAGUAUCCAUGGUAACAUCGUAAAGGAAAUAUGCGAACAUCGGAUUCCACCUCCUACUACAACACCUGUUCCCACUACUGUGACCACAACACCCACAACCACCACCACAGUUAAACCAGAUUGCGGCCCGAGACCAGCCGACAUUGUUUUCGUGCUCGAUUCAUCCGAAAGUGAAAAACAAGAGAAUUUUACGAAGCAAAUUAAUUUUGUCUUCAACUUUGCCAAACGAUUUGAAAUUGGUCCAAAGAAUGUCCAGUUCAGUACUGUAACGUUUUCGUCUGAAAUCAGGAACGACUUUUACCUCAAUACGUACCAUCACCGAGGUGACGUCCUUCACGCUAUCCAAAACCUCAAGUACAUGGGAGCCGGAACCAACACAUCUCUGGCUUUAAAAUUCGUACGCCAGAACAGUUUUCUUCCCGCGCACGGAGGACGACAGAACGCUUCCCACAUUGUGAUUGUUAUCACCGACGGACAGUCUGCUGAUCCAACAAGUACUGCGCACGAAGCUUCUUCCCUGAAACACGCAGUGGACAAAGUGUUUGCUAUCGGUAUUGGUGAUACAUUAGACACGAACGAACUAUCAGCCAUAGCAAGUGACCACAAUCCUCUGACCGUCACAAACUUCGAUCUCCUACAUACCAUACAGCAAAGCCUCGAAAACGCUGCAUGUCAACACGACGGAGUCUCGCCAGUCCUGUCAGUACUCCCACAGCCCGUCCACCAGCCUUGUCCCGUCAUGUUGUUCCUUGUCCUUCUCAUCGGUCUUGGCGCUCAACUGGAUUCAAUUCUCUCUGCUCCAUCUGUAGAAUGUGGACUGCUCCCAGCCGACUUUAUUUUCCUGCUUGAUUCCUCUGGAAGUGAAACAAACGUUAACUUUCUGAAGCAAGUUAGUUUCCUCAAGAACUUCACUUCCCGGUUCACCAUCGGCCCGAACAACACUCAAUUUGCAUCUGUCACUUUCUCUACCGGCGUGCGAGACGAUUUUGAUUUAAACGACAAUCACAAUCAACAGGAAUUGCAAAAUGCCAUCAGCAAAAUAAAGUAUGUGAAUGGAGAAACUGCAACUCAUCUUGCUCUUAACUUCGCUAGAACACACACCCUAGCAGUCCAAAACGGUGGACGGCCAGGUGUGCAAAAGUAUGUCGUAGUAAUGACGGACGGGAGAUCAAACGAACCCCAGCUUACCGUUAGCUACGCCAACACCCUCAAACACCAGCCCAACGUGACGAUCAUAGCUCUUGGGAUAGGUAGUGCUGUGGAUAAGGCUGAACUACAGGCCAUAGCAUCGGACGGCAAACACGUGUUCACCGUUAGUAACUUUGACCUGCUGCACGUUCUUGAGAAGGAACUCACAGACACAACCUGUACAGUGUGUGGAGAUCAACCAGCUGAUAUCGCGUUUUUGCUCGAUUCCUCUGGAAGCGAAGGGGCUAACAAUUUCCAGUUGCAGAAACAAUUUGUGUCUUCGGUUGUUAACGACUUUGGAAUCUCCACCACCGACACCCAAGUCGGAUUGGUAACAUUCUCUACAUCAGCAGCAGUUGACAUAUAUUUUAAUCAGUACACCAACAAGGCGUCCCUCCUUCAUGCCAUACAACAAGUACCCUACAGGAAUGGUGAAACAAGAACGGAUUUGGGACUUCACACCGUUGAGAGGACCAUCUUUCACCCUACCCAUCACCAUCCAGGACCACGUCCAGGGUCCAAGCGUUUUGUAAUUGUCCUAACCGACGGUCGAUCGAACGAGGAAGACUUGACCGAAAGGGCAGCCGUGUCCCUCAAAAGACACGUCGACGAGGUCUUUGCUAUAGGAAUUGGACACUCUGUAGACAAGGUCGAACUUAAUAAUAUAGCAACAGAUGACCAUCAGCACGUGUUUACAGCGGCAAAUUUCCAUGAUUUGCAAGCUCUCAAAGGAAACAUCGUCAAAGAGAUUUGUGAACAUCGUGUCGUGCCACCAACUACUACAGCCAAACCCACCACAAAACCAACUACAGUCACAACAACAAAACCAACUACAGUCACAACCACUCCAACUACUACAACGACUGUCAAACCAGAAUGUGGCGACAAACCAGCUGACAUUGUGUUCGUGCUCGAUUCAUCCGAAAGUGAAAAACAAGUGAACUUUACGAAGCAAGUUAAUUUUGUCUACAAUUUUGCCAAACGAUUUCAAAUUGGUCCAAAGAAUGUUCAGUUCAGUACUGUAACGUUUUCGUCUGAAAUCAGGAACGACUUUUACCUCAAUACCUACCAUCACCGAGGUGACGUCCUUCACGCUAUCCAAAACCUCAAGUACAUGGGAGCCGGAACCAACACGUCUCUGGCUUUAAAAUUCGUACGCCAGAACAGUUUCCUUCCGGUGCACGGAGGACGACAGAACGCUUCCCACAUUGUGAUUGUAAUCACCGACGGACAGUCUGCUGAUCCAACAAGUACUGCGCACGAAGCUUCUUCCCUGAAACACGCAGUGGACAAAGUGUUUGCUAUCGGUAUUGGUGAUAAAUUAGACACGAACGAACUAUCAGCCAUAGCAAGUGACCACAAUCCUCUGACCGUCACAAACUUCGAUCUCCUACAUACCAUACAGCAAAGCCUCGAAAACGCUGCAUGUCAACACUAGUAUCAUAAAAGCAUGAAAGUAUAAUAUUGAGUCCAACAGGUCCUUUUAUUCGAACAGGAUAUAACUAAUUUCACCGACAUGAAAUUAUCGAUAUUUUCCAACUUCUGAUACAGUUAUCGAUGUUUUGUGUAUUUAUUUAUGGAAAAACAAAAUAUCUAUGCAACACUAAUCGUCUUAAUAUGCAUUAAUAUGUAGAGAUUACGACUUAAAACUACGAACCCUCAACAGCUGCUCUAUUUGCACCCAAAAGAACGACAAGGAUUGAUUGGUUGGAUUUUAAUAAAUUUAUUGUAAUAAAUAUUUGAUCAUGUUAAUAA